ACCGCCAGCUUGAUCGGUUGCUGACAGACGCGACAUAUCUAUUCCGAUAUCGCAGUCAGACUUGUUUUGUCCGUACAUCCUGAAUUGUUAACUUGUUUGUCGCGAGCGAAUACUCCGUGUCUCGCGUGUGUGACGACGAGGAGCGGCCAGGUUUCGGCAGUCGACUCGCUUCUGCCGAUCGUGCGGGUUUGGACACCAUGGAAGUGAACGGUUCCGAGAGAAACGGGACAAAUACCACCGACGUCAGAUACAUCAGUCCGAUGUACAAUCUCGGCCAGGAGGACAGCAACUGGAUCGUCACUAGCUCCUUCAUGAUCUUUACGAUGCAAACAGGUUUCGGCAUGCUGGAGUCCGGUUGCGUCUCCCUGAAAAACGAGGUCAAUAUCAUGAUGAAGAACGUGGUCGAUAUUGUACUUGGCGGGCUGACCUACUGGUUCUUCGGAUUCGGAUUCAGUUUCGGUUUGAAGGAGCCCAGCAACCCCUUCGUCGGCAGCGGAGGUCUCUUCAUAGAUCCUCCAAUCGACGACGAGUACAUGGGGGCGAUCUGCGCCGCGUUCCUCUUCCAGUUGAGCUUCGCCACCACCUCGACGACCAUCGUCAGCGGUGCCAUGGCCGAACGGUGUAACUUCAAGGCCUACUGCAUCUUCUCGUUCCUCAACACCAUCGUGUACUGCCUGCCAGCCGGCUGGGUCUGGGGUGACCACGGUUUCCUGAAUCAGCUGGGUGUCGUCGAUAUCGCUGGCUCCGGACCGGUCCACCUGGUCGGCGGUAUUUCGGCGCUCGCCUGCGCCAUCAUGCUCGGACCCAGAAUAGGCCGAUACGACAACGGGAUCGAUCCUCUGCCACUUGGAUGCCCGGUCAACGCGAUUAUGGGACUGUUUGUGCUAUGGUGGGGCUGGCUGGCCUUCAACAGCGGCAGUACUUACGGGGUGACCGGCGAACGAUGGCAAUACGCCGCCCGCGCGGCCGUCUCCACGAUGAUGGGUAGCAUGGGGGGCGGCCUGGUCGGUCUGGGAUUCAGCCUAACGAAUCCGAACGGGAUCGACAUUCUCAGCCAGAUAAACGGCAUCCUGGGCGCGUUGGUGGCGAUUACUGGUGGCUGCUUCCUGUACAGAGCCUGGGAAUCGGUGGUCGUCGGGAUGAUAGGCGGCUUCAUCACGUGCGUCGCGAUGCCGGCGUUCGAUAAGAUUCAUAUCGACGAUCCUGUGGGAGCCGCCGCCACUCACGGCGUAACUGGCAUUUGGGGAGUCAUAGCUAUCGGCUUAUUCGCAGACGACCCGUAUCCCCUCGACACCACCGGUGGCCGAAAGGGCUUGUUCAAGGGAGGCGGCUGGUAUCUCCUGGGAGUGCAGAGCUUGUCCGCUCUGUGUCUAUCAAUUUGGAGCUUCUGCAGUUCGAUCGUCCUAUUAUGGAUCAUAGACAAGGUCAUACCGAUUAGGAUGUCGGUCCACGAAGAGGUACUCGGAGCGGAUCUCGUGGAACACAGCAUACGUCAUACAAAGAUAGGUCUCAGUCGCGCCAUGUCGGCGUUUCGGCCAUUCUCCAUGGAGAACAGACUGAAGGAAGUACCUGCCGUGGGAGGCAAUCCAGGUCACGAUUCGUUCGUUACUCAGCUGCAGCUCAAGAAGCUCGAAAAUUUCGCCAAAUCCGCUAAGCGACAGCCGUCGAAGAAGCUGGUGCCGAGAAACUCUCAGAUCAGAACGAUCGCCGAUCUGGACUCCGAGUUGUCCACGGAGCGGAAGUCACCGUUCGCCUGGGUGGACUAGAGACGAAGCGGGGGUACGAGGGGGAGGAAGAAAGUCCCAACGAGAUUUAUAUUAAUACUCAGUCGGAUGUAAAUUUAUUACAAAUGUAUAAACGUAUACACGUGCACGUUUUAGAUAUUCCAAUUCUCACGCAUUCACGCCAAUAAAUAGUGAUCAUACACACCCACACACACCCACACACACAUACAUAUACAGAGAUAAAUGGAUAUGAUAAAUAGGAUCACGGGAAAAUUAAAUUUUUACACGUUACAGUCUGUGGCACACGGGCGUUGUUUCAGUUAAAUAGCUAAUCAUCCGUGGCACUCAACGACAAAGUGCCUAUGUUGAUAUACAUCAUUCAUAGGAAAUAAAUGUUUCCAUAAA